UGGAAGCGCCGGCGCCUUGCAGUCGCGGGGUGAGAGGUCAGGCCGGCCGGUCACGUGACGGUGCCGGCGACGGUGACGGCGAGUCCUGUGAUGGCUGCCGAGCGGCUGCCGGACAAAGAGAAGCUGGUAAGCGAGACGAGGCAGCGCUUCACAAGCGAGCAUUUGCAAGAUAAGGUUGAGAAAUAUGAUUCUCGAGAUGUUGAAAGACUAAAGCAAGAUAAUGCGUGGAUUGAGAGCUAUUUGCAUUGGAGACAUUACAAUGUGGAUGAUACUUUGAAAAUGAUUGAUGAGAGCUUUCAAUUUAGAAAAGAAUUUUCUGUUCACGAUUUAAGCGAGUCAAGUCUUCCUAAAUGGACUUUUGAAACUGGAGCUGUUUACCUUCAUGGAUAUGAUAAGGAGGGGAACAAAAUAUUUUGGUUCAGAGUGAAAUUGCACAUCAAAGAUACGAAGACAACUUUGGAAAGAAAGAAAUAUGUUGCCUUUUGGUUGGAACGAUAUUCCAAAAGAGAGCAAGGAAAACCUCUGACUGUGGUAUUUGACCUGACUGAAACGGGAUUAAGCAAUGUAGAUAUGGACUUUGUGCGUUUUAUCAUCAACUGUUUUAAGAUCUAUUAUCCUAAGUACCUUUCCAAAAUGGUCAUAUAUGAAAUGCCAUGGAUUAUGAACGCUGCCUGGAAAAUUGUGAAAACUUGGUUAGGACCAGAUGCCUUAAAUCUACUGAAAUUUGCCAGCAAAACAGAUGUACAGGAAUAUAUAAACAUUGAAUAUUUGCCAGCGCACAUGGGAGGAAUUGAUCCUUUUAAAUAUAGCUAUCCACCAUUACCAGAUGAUGAUUUUCAAACACCACUAUGUGAAAAUGGCCCAAUCCUAGGUGAAGCCGAAUUGGAUGAGAAAGAAAAAGGAGACGGAGAUUGCAAAGAAACUGUUGAUGCCAACCACAGUGAAGAAUCCUUGCAGAAACCUAAAAAGGUUUCCUUGGAUAGUGACCGGCCAGAUUCGAAGAUAAAAUCACUAAAGAAACCACAAACUUUGUUUAGAGGAUCAUUGCUGCAUAUAAGUCCUGCUGAAGAUAUUCACUUUGGUUCGAAAGAAAGUGGAGAAACAAAAUGUUUGAUAGUACUGACCAAUGUGACAAAGAGCUCUGUUGCUUUUAAGGUUAGAACAACAGCCCCUGAUAAAUACAGAGUGAAACCCAGUAACGGCAGCUUUGAACCUGGUACUUCAAUGGAUAUUCUGGUAUCACUUCAUGGAGGUGUUGAGGCCUCUCCACAGGACAGGUUCUUGGUGAUGGCAGCUGAAAUGAACCAAGCGGCAGGAGCUGCAGCCCCUCCUGAUCUGACUCAGUUCUGGAAAGAAGUAAUGAGAGAGCAAGUGAUGGAGCACAGAUUAAGGUGCCAUGUUAUUGAAAGCUCCAAGGCUGUUGCUGUUGCCAAAGAGAAUCUCAGUAAAGGACACACCGUUUUUUCCAACCAAGAAGAUUUGCAUUCAAAGGUAGAUCACUAAAAUAAUGGUGUCCAACAGACGGCUAGAGGAGCAGAUUGAUCGUUGUAUCUUACUUCUGCAGCUAUUAACUGGCAUGGUUGCACUGUUAGUGGCCAUUACCAUUCCAUCCUUAUAUCACCAAUCCUCAGACUCGCGGUAACAGACAACUUUUUGAUCCAGUCAAGAUCAUGUAUGAAAGUCACUGGGUCAGUUCAUCUUCAAGUUACUAAUAAUAUGCUAGAAGUUACAGGAUGACCAAUUUUGUUUUGUACUCGGCCAUUUUUUAGAAACUCUUUAAGUUUUGUAAUAUAGGAAAAUAGCAUUCAUGUUUAAAAAAAAAAAAAGCUGUUGAGUCAUGAUCAUGAUUUGACUGUCAGUCAAUAAUAUAUCUUGGUGCUACGAACAACACAAAGCAAAAAUGCUUCCCACUGUUUUCCCUAGAAGUAAUUUGGGUAGAACACUGAAAGCUGUUAUACAUACUUAUAAAAACAGGUCAUAAUUCACUUUGAUCUCUUGAUACUUGUUAAAUGUGACAAAGCAAAACUGUAUCUGAUUGUCUGUUAAAUUAUGUACUUUGUCCUGAGGUUCCUCAAACAUGUUGCAGGGUCCUGGGGGAAUCGCUAGCCAUUCAUUAUCCUUUUAUAAGUGCUGUAGUCAUGACUAUCGAAUGUACCUUUUUUAUAUAAUCGGAAAGAAAAGGUUGGAAAAUAAUGUAAUUUACCCUAGAACUGACAUAGAGAUUAUUUUCUAUUCUGAUGAGUUUGGUUAAUGUGAAUGUAGUUAUUAAAAUAAAUGAAGAUUACUGAUUUGUACUGAGUAUACUCAAUGUUUUGGAUAAAUCUUGUUAAAUAUAGUUAGAUUGGUACUUGAUUGAUUUUCAAACUAAUUGUCUAAUAUGUUGGAUUACUUAAAUUGCUGCAAAUGAUCGUCUUUUCAAUUGCAUUUUGGAAGAUACUUUUCUUUUUUUGUUUAAAUUUUCUUUUUUAAUUUGUGUUUUUUUUACAAAAUGGAAAAUGUUGUGCCCAGAUACUCAAUAACAUGAAUCCACCUUGUCGAAUAGGGACAAAAGCACAAUGAUGGAAACCAAUGCCAAUGGGCAGAGGCAGUGUUGCCCAUGAAUCUCAUGGGAACCUGCAGUUGCUUAUGUUGAAAAUUAUUUGUCUUUUGGAAUUGUUGAUGUUUUCCAAAUCCCAUUUUAUCAGUGCUGCUGCCUCACUUGAAGAAUUCUAAUAUCUCUUCACUUCUUAAAAAUAAGACAAAUGUUAGAUUUAAUGAAAAAUUAGGUUUAACCCUUAAUUCCUAAGCCACUUUGGGGAACAUUAUAAUUAUCCAGGGCUAUGACAUUCAAGAAUAAACAAAUACCCUGUUUUGAGGAAACUUAAUCUCAACUAAUAUUGUUAUCUACAAUCUGAUUACAUAGUCUUACAUUCAAUAGAGACUGGUAAAUUGUUAUUUUAAAGAGAAAAUGUUAAGGUAUAUAGUGCCAAUGCAACUGAUUUUUAUGCAUUAACUUGCCUAAGCUGCAGGAAUUUGAUUAGGAAUGUCUAAUAACUUUAGAGAAGCAGCACCCAAAUUGUUCAGUGACAUUCUGAUGUAAUUUGAUUCAUUAAAAUGUUGAAGAAUAGCAUCAGAAAAUAAAAAUCAAACAAAAUAUAGAUCUGGCAACAGAAGUAUAAAAUAUGAAGCUAAAUCUCUUUAGUGAGUGUACAAGAGUUUUGCUGGUUUGUGGCGAUUUCAUUAUGGCAGUAUUUACUGCAUUUUUUCCAGAUCUUUAAAAGCAAAUAUUGUGAUAUCACUGAAGCUGAAAGCAUUUGGUAUUUGGGACUUUAAGGAAAAAAAUAAAGUAUGAAUCAUUUAUAAAGUUGUACCUUAUUUAAGGUUUUCAUGGUAAGAGUUGUGCUAUAAUGCAUGGCAUAUUAGUGUACUGUUUAUCACUGCAGAGCUAGACAUUUAAAUGCACUUUAUGGUAUAAUAAAACCGCUGAUCAUGUCUUAAUACUGCAAAAUGAUUGUUUGCAGAUGUUUCAUUUGAAAAUAAACAUUUUGUUUAUAACCAA